CGCGGCCGAGGCCGGGGCUGGGGCCGAGGCCGGGUGGCCGCGCUCGGCUCCGCUCCCGGCGCGGCCCGGCCGUGGCCGCUGCCAGGCCGCGCGUUGAUGUCGGACCAGCGCUGGGGUUUGGGCGCUGGGUUUUUGGGCACGAGGGAGCCUCGAGGCCCCAGGAGCGGGUUUUGUGUCUGCAGCGCCUGCCCCGGGCCCGGGGGUGAGGGGGCCCCCAGUUGCCGUGCUUCCCACAUGGGCCGCGCAGGCCGGCUGUGCACCCGGGGGGCCAGGCCGCUGCCCCACGGCGGUGCUUGGGUUGGUGGUCCGGGCCUCUGACCCAUGGCGGUGCUUGGAGCAGGGGUCCAGGCCUCUGACCCAUGGCGGCGCUUGGAGCAGGGGUCCAGGCCUCUGACCCGUGGCGGUGCUUGGAGCAGGGGUCCAGGCCUCUGACCUGUGGCGGUGCUUGGAGCAGGGCCCCUCAUGAACCCGUGGCAGAAACCUGCCCUGGGUCAGGCAGUGGGUGAUGCCCCUGCGGAGCCGCAUCUCCGUCUUCCCUGGGGUUCGGUGCAGGCUUUACCUGCGUCGCUGUCGCAGGAUCGGAAGCGCUAGGGAAGCAUGGGAGCCUCUUAGCUUCAACAGUUCAGAGCCCUUUUUCUCUCCUUGUUUAUCUGGCUGCUAAAAUUGGCCCCAGGCGCCUAUUAUUGCUGAUCUCUUUGGCUGUAAUAAAGUUGCAAACAUUGCGCAAAAACUCUCUUUGCCCCUUCAGCUGUUCCUGUAACAAUUCCCGCAGCAGCUCGGUUCCCCCUUCCCUGUCCCUCUCUGCAGAAGAUCAGCUCCUCUGUUUGUUUAAACUUUGUGUUCUUGUUCUUGACUUCCGCUCCACGUGAUGCCGUGGGCUAAACCUUUUAAUCACCCCUGGGGCAGCAUUUGCUCUGCAGUGUUGGUUGCAGUUCCUCCAGCAUGAUCAUCAGCUUGAUGAUCCGAGUGCUCAUGAUGUUCCCGCUGGGAUUUUGCUGGCCAUCAGUUUUCCAAGAGAAAUUUCUCAGAGCUUUGGAUCCGGAAGAUGUUUUCUCUUAUUUUGGCACCAGCUCGGUUUCUGAUGUGCCCGAGUUUGUUGUUGCUCAGCCAACUUGCCCUUGUAAAGAAGAGCAGAUUGGGCUGGUGUCAUGUCGAAUUCAACACUGCUCCAUUGAGGCCUGGGGACAGGUCUAUGCCUUUGAGUUUCUGGAGGACCAUGCCCUUCUGUCCUCUUCCUUUGUGAGCAAUGACAUCGUGAACUCUUCCUUUAGCUUACUGAAGCGAUUCUCAGGCAACUGCUUUGCAGGUGGAAAUCCACUGCAACCUCCAGGGGCUAAGUGUAGAGUCACUUACUGUGAAGGGCAGCUGCAAGGGGUCAUCAUUGCAGAUGAGGAAAAGAUUCAUAUCAGACCUGUCAGAAGCAAAGAUAUUGCCCUGCUGAAGGAGCUUGUCUUCUCCAGACCCCACAUUAUCCUCAGAAGUGCCGGAAGAGGGGCAAGUACAGCAAGAGCAGGGCGGUCUCCUUCUCGCCUGCGGAAGAGGGCUGAGGGAACUGUCAAACACCUGGAGCUGAUGGUUGUAGCAGGUCCUGAUGUUUAUUUGCACCACAAAGAGGACACGGAGCGAUACAUUCUUGCUAACCUGAACAUUGGAGCAGAGCUACUGAGAGAUGCUUCACUAGGUGCUCAUUUCAGGGUUCACCUGAUGCAAAUGAUUAUUUUGAGAGAACCAGAGAUGGACAUAAACAUCACAACAAAUAUCACCUCCUCGCUGAUCAGUGUUUGUGAAUGGAGCAAGAAAGUCAACCCCCAGAAUGACUCUGAUCCCCAGCAUGCUGACAUUGUCCUCUAUGUGACCAGGUUUGACCUGGAGUUACCUGAUGGGAACAAGGAGCUACGUGGAGUGACCCAUUUAGGUGGAGUCUGCUCCUCCUUCUGGAGCUGUGUUAUUACCCAGGACACAGGCUUUGACCUGGGAGUCACCAUAGCCCAUGAGAUUGGGCACAGUCUUGGAAUCCCCCACGAUGGUGAGGGGAAUCACUGCAGUAGCAGCGGCUACAUCAUGGGUUCAGCAGGAAACCACAACAGUAUUGACCUUGCCUGGUCACAGUGUAGCCAGGAAGAGUUCCUGGCCUUUGUCAGCACAGGCCAAACAAACUGCUUAAAUGACCUGCCGGACAUGGACGGCAGCAUCCCCGGGUGGAAGCCUGGCUUAUACUAUGGAGCAGAUGAACAAUGUAAAAUAGCCUUUGGGAAUGUUGCCACAGCGUGCACCUUUGCUGACAGCAACGUUGAUAUAUGUAAGGUUCUCUCAUGCCAUGUACAACCAGGAGACAAAUCUACCUGCACUCGGCUUCUUGUUCCCCUUUUGGAUGGUACUGAGUGUGGAAUCAAUAAGUGGUGCUCCAAGGGACGGUGCAGCUCUCUGGAAGAACUGAACCCCAUGGCCGUAGUGCAUGGGCGGUGGUCCAGCUGGAGCCCCUUCUCCUCCUGCUCCCGCAGCUGCGGGGGUGGAGUUGUGAUAAGGCAGCGGUUCUGCAACAACCCCAGGCCUGCUUUUGGGGGGCAGGAGUGCCAAGGAGCUGGCAUCCAAGUAGAGAUGUGCAAUACCCAGGCCUGUCUGAUGAGCCAGCUGGACUUUAUGGCUGAACAAUGUGCAGCAACAAAUUUAAAGCCACUGGAUCUCACUGUAGAAGUGCCGUCUUUUUACACCUGGACUUCUGCUGUUGGCUUUGCCAAAGGGGACUUGCUGUGCAAGCACAUGUGCAGAGCAGUUGGAAAACAAUUCAUGGUAAGCCGUGAAGAUAGUUUCAUAGAUGGAACCAGAUGCGAGCAGGAUAACUCUGAACACCAUGGGGCUUUCCAUCUGUGUGUAAUGGGAAGCUGCAAAGCAUUCGGGUGUGAUGGUCAGAUGGACUCCAAGACGACAGUGGACUCUUGUAAGGUCUGUGGGGGUGAUAAUACCACAUGCACCAAAGUGAGUGGAUCUUACACAGAAGGAAAAGCUAAAGAGUACGUUACAUUUCUGUCCUUGCCUUCUAACACUACCUCCGUUCGUGUUAUCAAUCAGAGACCGCUCUUCACACAUUUGGCUGUGAAAGUUAAAGGUGAGUAUGUGGUGGCUGGAAAGGGAAAAAUCUCAUUGAAUGUCACCUAUCCAUCUGUUCUGGAGGACAGUCAGAUCAAAUACAAGGUGUUUCUCACCAAGGACAACUUUCCAAGCCUGGAGGAAGUCCAUGUGGAUGGGCCAACCCAAGAGGAAAUUGAGAUACAGGUCUAUAGAAGGUAUGCAAAAGAAUACGGCAAUGUCACCAACCCAGACAUCACCUUCAGCUACUUUGUGCCGAAGGAGAAUCUGACAUAUGUGUGGAUUCCUCAGAAGGGGCAUUGCUCAGUGACCUGUGGGGAAGGGACUCGCCUGGUGGAUCACGUGUGCUUUGACCAGACAAAGAAUGAAACAACAGAGGAUCAGCAGUGUCUGGGCCUCCCACAGCCCCUUUCAGAGCAGGAGCCCUGUGCCAUGGGACCGUGUCUGUACAGGUGGAAGAAAUCUGAAAUAGAUGAAUGCUCUGCUGUCUGUGGAACUGGAGUUGCCCAGCAGAAUCUGACCUGUGUUCAGUCUCAUGAUGGAUUGGAGAUGGUUGUGGAUGACAGCUUGUGUGCAGCAGAAGAAAAACCCCUCUCCAUUGUGCCGUGUGUGGUUAAUGUCUGCCCUUUAGGCUGGGACAAAGAGGAAGACACCCACUUGCUGCAGACUUCAGAGUCAUUGGGGCAUAUCCAACUGGAAAAUCAGCCUGUGUAUGUCUGGAGCCCUCUGGCUGGAGAGUGUUCUGUCUCCUGUGGUAAAGGUAAAACGCAGCUACAAUAUGUAUGUGUGGCUUUUGACACCAAAGAAGAAACCCAAGAAGAAAAUUGUCACCCAGUGCCAAAGCCCGAGAACAAGGUGGAAGUUUGCGAACUCAGUCCCUGCCCACCAAGGUGGCAUUACAAAAUGGGCUCGUGCAGUGUGAGCUGUGGAGGAGGUAUGAUGCACAAAGUCCUCUACUGUGCAAGGGAGACUGGGGAGAAGGCAGAAGAGAUUGUAGCAGACACCCAGUGCGAUGGUUUGCCUCGCCCAGAGGAGCAGGAGCCGUGUAAUUUGGAGCCAUGCCCUCCAAGAUGGAAGGUAGUCCCAGCUGGCCCCUGUUCCUCCACCUGUGGGCUCGGCUUAGCUGUUCAGCUGGUCACCUGUGUUCAGAUCCACCAAGGCCAAGAGAUGUUGUUGGAGGACCACUUAUGUCCUGUGGCAGAGAAGCCCCUUACCCGCAUCUCCUGUGUCAUCCGAAUGUGCUCUUAUGAAUGGGGCUUCAGCGAAUGGACGGAGUGUUCAACUUCAUGUGGGAAUGGUGUUCAGACACGUCAGGAUUUCUGCCUCAACCCGCUGACCCGUAAGCACGUGAACCCCAUCUUCUGCAGGCACUUCCCCAAGUCCAUCAUGCUACGUGGCUGCUCCGCAGGGCCCUGCCCUGAGCAGGCAGUGGCGGCCAGGUCCCAUGGAGCAGAGCUCCAGGCAGUGACACCAGCCACGCAUCUGACGACAGCCGUAACUGCCAAACGGGCAAGAUAUGAGGGCCUGGAUCUUCCUCCAUCUGCUGUGCCACCUCUUCCUCAGGAGCCAAAAGGGGAGACUGGUGGAGGCGUCUGUGGGAGGCUCUUUCUUAAUGCCACCGGGGUCAUCAGCAUGAUGGGUGUAGAGAGCAGUGACUGCGCUGUGACCAUUGGACGCCCUCUCGGGGAGGAGAUAACAGUCAGCGUUCUGGAGAGCUCCCUCAACUGCAGUGCAGGUGAGCUACUGCUGUUUUCUGGGCGAAUGAUGUGGCGGAAGGGCUGCAGGAAGCUCCCUUUGUCGCUGAUAAAUUCCGGAACGAAUACGCUGAUUGUGAAACAGCGUGUUUUGACGCCAGGGAAUGGGGUCAUUUUUCAGUACAGCAGCAGAGCGGCAACUAAAAAAUAUUACCAAGACUGUGACAAGCAGCUGUUUGGUCCCCAAGGUGAAAUAGUGUAUCCUGUGCAAUUGCCUGAUCAAAGGCAAGACGUAGUGUGUCGGACCUUCAUCAACGUGGCUCCUCAGCAUCGCAUAGCCAUCCGCGCUCUGUAUAUUGACCUGGGCAAUGACAGCAACCAAACACAGUCUAAUUACAUCCUGAUCCGUGAUGUAAGCACCAUGAAGACGAGGGUGUUUCAUGGGAAACAACAAUUCUUCUGGGAAUCAACUGGAAGCCAAGCUGAAAUUGAAUUUCAUGAAAAUGUGAAGGAACGUCGAACCAGUUUCUGGGCCGAAUAUCACAUUGCUGAGCCCAAAGAAAAGGUGCCAAGACCACUCCACUGAGAAAGACCAUGGUCCAGUUAAUUACUGCUGCCCAUUCACUGCCCCAGGUCACAGAAGUUAUUUAACCUUUUUGCCUCUGCUUCCCUAUCUACUGAGUAAGAACAGUAAUAUCUACCCAAUCCUUUGGGAUCUCAGUUAAUAUUUAUAAACUUAGUGCAAAGACAUUAUGUAACUACCAAAUAUUUAACUAAUAGUCCUCAAGGGUUUUCUGUCUAUAUUGAUUGGUAUUAAUGCAGUUUACUUGUCUGCAGUUAGUGACUCGGGCGCUGAAGUCAUAGGGUCCAGUUUCUGUUACAUGUUGUCGCCUUACAGGAUGAUCAUUUCUGUUUCCAGUGUCUCAGUGUCCCAUUACAAACCUCUGUAUGCCAUAAGUAUCUAAGAUUAUGGUUUAGUCAUUAAGUUCACACUCCUGCAGUGCAAAUGCCCCUUAAAACUCCUCAGGCCCAUUGAAUUCAGGUAUAAAGGCAAAGAUGUGUAUGAGGACAAGAUAUUAGGACAAGAGGACUAGACAAAAGUAUGAAGGCAAGACAGUUUCUUUGCCCAGGAGGGCAGUUCAGUGCUGGGAGAGGUCACCCAGAAAGGUGCUAGAAUCAUCAUCCUUGAACAUUUUGAAGAUUCAGCUAGACCAAGGCACAGCUGACCUGGUCCGGAAGUGGCGAUAGUUUGGCUUUGUAUGGAAGGUUGGACUAAAUGACCUCCAGAGGUCCUUCCCAGCCACCACUUCUGUGGUUCUAUUAUUGCAUAUUUGGUAGUGAUACCAGUACUUCUUUUCUAUGAGAAAAUAAAAAGCUAUGAGAAAAUAA